AACUGUACGCGCAAACAUCCAGUCGCAUUCCAUUCGCUCGCGGAUUUUUUCUCCCCUCUCGCGUCCCAAAAAGUUACGUGGGUCGUGGGCAUGUAUACGGAUCGUCGGUUGAAGUGUGCGUUAUACACAACGCGUUUAUACUUUCUUGCAUAAGAACGAAGGGUCGACACGACAAGGGCACGGAUUGAUUGUUUCGGCGAGCGUGCGUCGCGCGCGGCGUGAGCAGGCAGGAAGGUGAGGAGAAAAGAGAGAGAAAAAAAAAAAGAAGGCCUAAUGAGGUGGAACGCGCGCUUGCAGAUUACUUGGAAGUAGGCGUAAUAACUACGCGAAAUCCGAAUGGUAACGGAUUGUAUGGAAUGUGCCGUUGUGGCGAGCUGAUAGCGAAAUUGCCGGCGAUUCGAGAUUUGUCAGGGCGAAUUGAAACGAAGAUAAUAAUUGGACCCGGCGCCGCCGCCGCCGCGUUGUCGUCCGAGUACAUAGGACGAAUCGCGUGUAUAUAAUCAGUACAACACGUAACCCAACACUUCCCGUCGUAACUCAAAACACACCUCUCCUUUCGUACGCAAUUCGUCGAAGGCGAGCGAGAUACGGUUCCUUUGUUGCUACGACGAGGUUCUAACUACCUGUCACGUGUGUUACAGAAGUGUUAGAUACGAGGCACGGAAUAAUAUUCUGUGAUACAUAUGAAACCGUUUGACCUAAAAAAGAUGUUGCCAGAGCGAGUCAACAUGAACCAGCAGCCGUCUUCCGUUCUCUUCGUCACCCACGUGGAACCUGACGAUAUAUACCUGAAGAUAUGGGGUCAGAUGGAUAAGCAGGCUGCUACUGCUGUAGAGCAUUACAUAUAUCCUCUGGUCGAACAGUUCAAUCAAGGAUAUGGCUGUCCACCCAAAGCUAACAGACUGAUCAUUGGCACACUGUGCUGUGCUAGAUUUCGAAACGAAGGCUACUAUCGGGCGAAAAUACUCAACAUACGUCCUGAUGGCAUAAUUGUUGUGCAGUUUAUAGACUAUGGCAAUGUGGAGAAUAUACUACCAAACGAAAUUCAUCUGCUGGACAAUAUACAUGGAGCUGAACCACUACGAGCUUAUCCACCGAUGGCAUCUGACUUUACAUUGCUUAAUGUUUUACCAGUGAAUGGCGUUUGGGAAACUAGGACAAUUGAGGCAAUUAAAAAGAUUCUAUGUUACAAUGAAUACAGAGCAUUGGUCCAGAUGGUGAACGAUUGUUGCUUGAUUAAACUAUGGUACAACAACGAAGAUUUUAGUGAGCUGUUGGUGAAGGAACGUCUGGCUCUACCAGCCACUUUGCAAGACAUGUUCAGACCAAAGCAUACGCUACUACCUCGAAUGAUUCAACAAAUGCCCUAUCAGCCACAGAACAAAGGCAAUAUGAAUAACUUUGCACCAGUGCCAAUAAUGCAAAGCCCAAAUAUGAAUCACAAUGCCGAUAUGCAAGGACCAUAUCAUAAAACUUAUUCUCCUAAUAUAAAUCAACAUAAACCUACUGCUCAACCGAUUCCACAUCAUUCGCAACCACCGCUCAUUCAAGAAGCGCUCGUGUUUAAAUCGCGUGUAUUAGACGUGGGCUCGAGUCACGAGGUAUUCAUAUCGCACGUGGAGGAUGGUCCGCAAAAGUUCUCCGUACAGGUCGAAAGCGCCAGGGACGUACUGACUCGUCUUAUGAACGAGAUAAACAGCCAUCCGAAGCAAUCGUUGCAGGAACCACCGUUACCAGGAUCUGUUUGUUUAGGACGUUACAAGGACACCGCAGGCGAUAGAGUACUAUGCCGGGCUGUAGUAAUGUCCGUGAUGGAGCACAAAUGCAAACUGUACUACGUCGAUUUCGGCCAUACGGAAGUUUUACCGUAUACGGACAUUUUUCAAUUACCACCUGAAUACAUUAAUCCCAAAGUUCUUUCCAUUCGAUUCACCUUGAGUGGCUUAAAAGAACUGACCAUUACAUCGGAGAUGAAGGAGUAUUUUAAGGAGCUAGUGUACAGAAGAUUACUCAUUUUACACGUUCGUCCACCAGAAGGACCACCAUUAAUCCAGUACGGCGACUUGUAUGACAAUGGUGUUAACGUAAAAGACAUGCUGAAGAAGGCAUUCCCAGCACCAGCUGCAAUGGUACCGAUAACGUAUUCUUAUCCACAAUUACGACGAUUAUCGAAAGAUUUCCAGGAGGUUGUGCAUGUCUCUUAUGUGGAGUCAUGUAAAAAGUUUUUUGUGCAACUAGACAGUGGGAUAAAGUCCCUCGAGUCAAUAAUGGCUGGCCUGGCGCAGUAUUGUAAGACCGCGCCUACCUUAAAUAUAACACAACUGAAAACAGGAUUACCCUGUGCUGCUCUGUACGAUUCACAAUGGUACCGUGCGCAAAUCCUUGGUAUUGUUGAAGACCAAGUUAAAGUAGUAUAUGUUGAUUAUGGAAACGAGGAGUUAUUACCUGUAAUCUCUCUUCGUGCUAUUCAUGACGAUUUAGUAACAAAAUUACCUGCACAAGCUGUACAGUGUGCAUUGAAUGGCUAUGAAGUUCUCUCAUUAGAUCAAGAAGUAGCCAAUCACUUUGAAAGAUUGACACUCGAGAAAAAUUUUUAUAUGAAGGUAGUCGCCGCACAACCUAAUGGCCUAUUAGUUGACUUAUUUGAAUUUGACUCGAUGAGAAGCGUUCAUCCUCAGUUAUUGAAUAAUAUGUUCUGCGAUAAAACUGAAAAUUCUACAAUAAGUUCGCGAAAUGAAGAAGUUCAGCAUCCUGUUAGGCCAUUGAAUGAAUUCCAAAGUGAAGAUAAGAACAAAUUUAAUAAAAAAAGUAACAUGGAUUCUUGGAAUCGUAAUCAAAACGCUAAGUCUUUCCAAGACAAUAAAUCAAGUUGGAGAAAUGAAUCGUCUCAAGAGAAACAACACGAUAAUAGACGCGAAAGAACCGGUGGCACCUAUCCCCCUCGGGACGGUUCACAGAACGAUCGAUUUAUUAAGGAUAAAUCGAUGAAUAAUAGAUUUGACAGAGAAAAAUCGUUUAACAAAUAUAAUGAUAGAGAGAAUGAUGCAAAUACACCUAAUAGAGGUAAUAGAGGAACCCCUCGCGAUGGUGGAAAUAGAUUCGGUAGCAAUGAAAGAAGAUACAACCGUUACAAUUCUGAUAAAGCAAAUAGUGAUAAAGAUUCGGAUACGUCGUCCAAAGGUAACGAUAGACGAGGAAAAGGUGGUUUUAAACGUAACGGUUUUAACGAUAACCGAGGAGGCAGCCGUGAUGAUAGAACGUCGAGCAAAUGGCAAAAUGACUCUAAUUGGAAUGACAAAAAAUCAGCUUAUAAUAGAAAUGUUAAUUACAGAAACGAGAAAUUCAAUGGUGACCACAAUAGCCAUGAUAAUAAAUUUAAAAAUCAAGAAGGUGAUACAAAUAAUACUUUAUACAAUCAGACGACUGAUUUUGAAUCAUGGGAUACAAACGAUAUUAACAAAGGGUUACAAGAUAAUAUUACUACUGGUGGAACAUCUCAACUUUCAUUAAUAAAAAUAGAUAUUAUUCUUGGUUCCGUGAAGAACUGCGAAGUUGUAUUUAUUAAUGAUCCAUUGGACUUUUUUAUUCAAUUGAGUCCCGAUUCCUUGGAAUUGGAUUCUAUAAUGGAAAAUAUUGCUACAACUUACGAGAAUGGUGGAGAAACAAUGCAAACUUCUGGAAUACAAAGUGGUACAUAUUGUAUCGCUCAAUACUCCGAAGAUCUUAAAUGGUAUAGAGCGAUAAUCAAAUCUGUAGAAGAGACGAGUGCAACUGUGGAAUUUGUUGACUAUGGAAAUACAGAGUCAAUCGACUUGAAGAAUAUUAAAGUAAUUUCAGAAGAAUUUUUAAAAUUGCCAAUGCAAGCAGUACAUUGUAAACUGCUUGGAUUAUCAAAUAUGGGCAAUGAUCAAUAUGAAAAUUUCGUGGAGAAGGUCGAUGGAAAACCUUUACAAGUGGAAUUUGUCUCUGAAGAGAAUGGAAUGUAUGAAGUACUGUUAUGCGAAGUUGUUGACGGUGUACCAAACACUAAUUAUAUAAAUGAGUUCUUCACGAGCGCAGAUUUAACAGAAGCGAAACAAAAUGCAAAUAAAAAAACAUUUAAUACCAUAACAGAGAAUGAAACAGUUACAGCUAUAGAUUAUGCUCUUCCUGAUCAAAAAUGGCAAACAACAUUAUAUGAGCCUGAAUCUAAAGAGGAUAUAGUUGUGACAUGGUUUAUAAAUCCUAAUAAAUUAUAUUGUCAACUGUUAUCUAAGGAAGCAGAAUUCAAAAAAAUGAUGAGCGAAAUUCAAAAAACGUAUGUUGGUAGGAAACCUGUGACACAUAAAUUACAGAUUGGUUCGGCAGUUAUAGCUAUAUUUUCUGAAGAUAAAGCUUUUUAUCGAGCAGAAAUCGUGAAUAUUAAUACGCUGAAAGAUACAUAUGUAGUUCAGUACAUAGAUUUUGGAAAUUGCGCAACCGUAAAUAAACAUGACAUCUAUUCUGUUGAAAAGAAAUUUAUGCUACUGCCGCGAUUAACAGUACAGUGUUCCUUAAAAGACAUCGUGCCUAAUAAUUCAAGUUGGUCUGAAGUAGAUAAUAGUGCGCUCGAUAAUUGCUUCAAUGCCGAUAAAUACGAAUGUAUAUUCCAUAGUUUUAAUAACGAUCAAUAUAUUAUUUCAUUAAAUCGUGAUGGACAAGAUGUGGGUAAUAUGUUAGUACAACAAAAUCUUGCAGCUUUUGCUACAAAAGUUUCAACUGAAGCAACCAGUGCUGCAGAAACAUCUAAUGUAGAAAUAAAAAAGCUUAGUGAUGUAGAAAGAGUGGACAUAAGCCUCUUGAGUGGCCAAACUCUCAAAAUGAGAAUUUCUAAUGUAGAAAACGCAAAUCAGUUUUACGUCCAGCUUCCAUCUGCCACAAAAUGUGAAAACCUUGUCAAUCAAUAUAUGACUGAUAAAAAUACGGAGGCUUUGGCUCUACCUGGAGAGCUUGCGGUUAUGCAAAAUCAAGCGUUAGAGUGCUCCCUACAAGAUAUGCCAGUGUCAUCCGACGCAGAUAAACGAUUGAAAGAAUUUAUAGGCAAAAAAGUAUUAAUCUGCGUGGAAGAAAUCAAUAAUAGCAGACUUAUCGUAAGAUUGUAUGAUUUAUUUGGCAAUGGAAUAAUGAAUACUGAAGAAAAAAUAUCACCUUUAUGUGCAAUGCCUAUUCUAAGUUCAACUCACAAGGUGAAUUGUAUCUCUGUAUCUUCUACGGAUUAUUCUAUCUGGUUACAACGAUACUCUGAUGUGGAGUUGGAAACUAAAUUGUCGGAAAAUCUUCAAGAAUAUUACACUAAUUCUGGACAAAGACUCGAACCAGAGGUGAAUCUGUUAUGCGCAACGAAGUAUUCAGAGGACGACCAGUGGUACAGAGGAAGAAUCGUUAGUCUUACCGAAAAAACGGCCUACAUAAAUUACAUUGAUUAUGGCAAUACUGAGGAGGUCAACCUAGACUCAAUUAUGAUUUUGGAACCGCAAUUUUAUGAACCUCAUCAAUUGGCCAUAAAUGUAUCAUUAUCUGUAUCUCUUACUGGCACUGAGGCUGAACAGAAGGAUGUACUGCAAACUCAUUUGAUGAAUAAAGAUUUCAUGGCUAUAUUUUACAACGUACAUAAGAAGUGGAUUGUCGACUUAAUUGAAAACGAAGAAAAGCUUAGCGAUAAACUUUGUUCAUUGAAUCUAGCCACGAUAGAACAAACGGUGUCUGAACCUUUAUCUGAACAGGUACCUGGGAUUGAAACAGAAACGACAACGGCAACAUCUGACAAAUUCGACGUGUGCGUAUCUCAUGUGGAUUCCCCAAGUCAGUUCUGGUUGCUGCGUAUGGACAAAAUGACAUCUCUUAAUGACAAACAAGACCAGCUUCAACAAGAAGUUUCUGACUUUUCGUCGAUAGACGGUAUACCAGAAGAGGGUACCUUGUGUGCGGCCGUUUAUUCGAUUGACGAUUUAUGGUACCGCGCAGAAGUAUUGGACGCAGACGAAGACAUUACGACUGUCCGAUUUAUAGACUAUGGCAAUACUGACAUCAUUGAUAGUAAAGCAAGUCACAUUCGGCAAUUACCGGACAUUUGGAAAAGCUCGGAAACAUUCGCAUUGAAAUGCAGACUCGAUGUUGUACCCGUAGAUACGGAGGAUUGGAGCGAGUCAACCUGCGAGAGAUUCAAAAAUCUAGUAACUUCAGAAGAAAGCCUUCAGGCGCUGAUAAUAGCGGAUACUAUACCUAGACGCGUGGAGCUGUUUAUAAACGACAAGAGCGUCAGCGAGACAUUAGUCGAGGAGAAGCAUGCCAUUAUAAUUAAUACUGAACAAGAGCUGGUAGACGAAAUAGUCGAUCUUGAACUGGAUCCGCAUUCCGCCUUUGUGUGCCAUAUCAAUUCACCAAGCGAAUUUUGGGUUCAGGAGGAAAAGUCAGUUGCCGAUUUAGAAGUGAUGGCCGACAGGUUUAUGGUCGCCGACUUAUUCCCGAAGAUCGAGAAUAUAAAAGAAGGCUUGCUAUGCGUUGCUAAGUAUCCCGAGGAUGAACAGUGGUACAGAGCGCGCGUUGUUUCUCACAACGAGAACGGCACACAAGUAUUUUACAUCGACUACGGAAAUUCCGCGGUAUCCACCGAAAUUCGCACGAUUCCGGAAGAUCUAGCGAGCAUACCGCCCUUAUCGCGAAAGUGCUGUUUAGAGUUUCCACCACAAGUUGAGGAAUGGUCGGAGCAGGCACGCGAGGAAUUUGUCAAAUUAGCUGCUGACGGCGCGACGAUUUUCCUCCUAGAUGUUUUGAAAGAGCAAGAGACGUCGUUAGUGAAACUAAUGUUGGACGGUCAGAACGUCAUUGACAUUCUUGGCGAUAUGUGCGAGCGAAAAUCACCGGUUAUCGAAGAGAGAUUGCCACCGCUCGGUGAAGAGAAUUCACCGAAUGUGAUGGUCAGCCACAUCAAUAGUCCGAACGAGUUUUGGAUUCAAGCCGAAAGCAGCAUAAGCGAACUAGAGGUGAUGUCGGAUCGCCUGCGAGAUGCAGAGAGUUUCCUCACAUUGAACAACCUCGACGUGGGCACAGUCUGCGCCGCUCGAUAUCCUGAAGACGGUUAUUGGUACAGAGCCACGAUAGUUACGCGUUGUGAAGAGGGUACGGAGGUCUUGUAUAUGGAUUAUGGCAAUUCCGCGGUUACGGAAGAAUUAAGAGUGCUACCGGAAGAUAUCGUAAACAUUCCCACUUUAUCGAAACGAUGCACAUUGGGAAAACCGGAUGACAUUACGUGGAGCAAAAAGGCUUGUGAUAAAUUCAAAGAACUCGCCGCCGAAGGGGCCACAAUGUUCCAGUUUGAAACACUCGACAAAGACGAUCCGAUGCAUGUUCGAUUAAGUUUAGAUGGGACAAAUGUUGUUGAUUUGCUAUCUGAAUGUGAAAACAUUCCAAAAAUUGAGGAAGCAACCGAAACGGAAGUUGCUCUUAAUAUCGAAAAACAAGAAACCGUAAAACUUUAUAAGAAUCAAUCAGAAAAUAAUGAAGAGAAUUUAAAUAAGGAAAUUGAACAGGAACAACUGGUUAAUCAAACGGAUAAUAUGGAAUGUGUCAAUAACCAAACAGAGGAAUUUGAAAUUAAUGAAGUAGUGUUUAGUGAAUCAAUUAAAAAUUCUACAGAUCAACAAGUUGCGAGCUUCAGCGAAUCUAAAGAGAAUAUAGAGAAAGAUUCUGAAGUUGUAGUAGCUGAAUAUAUCUCAAAAUUGAAAGAGAAUAUCACAACCGCAAUAAAUAAGAAUUUAGAUGUUACCACAAAUAAAAUUAUUCCUAAUGCAAGUACAUCCAUUGCACCAUGUCUCAAAUCAUCGCCUGUUGAACUUAGCGUUGACGACAUAAUUGAGAACAUGAUUAGAAAUGCCACUAACAAUAUAGAAUCGCAACAAAUCGAUAGUGCAAAUUUAUUAAAUGUAUAUAAAAUGCAACAAAAUGUCGCUCAAACCGAUAUGAAUGAACAGCAAGAGUCACUUUCUCAAACUCCAUCUGUAGAUAUAAAUAAAUCUUCGGACAUACAGACUUUAAAAAGUAUGCAAAGAGACAAUGAGCAUUUAAAAACUUCAUCAGCAACGACUGAAUCCCAGGAUGUCAUGCAGUUUAAUGCUAGUCAAGCCAAAGAAGAAGAUCAAGAAAUACGCGACAAGAUGGAAUCUGAAAAAUCUUUAAAAUCUGAAACAAUAUCGUGUUUAUCAAAAGAACAAACAACUCUCGAGCAGAUCGAGAAACAAGAUCUAACAAAGAAUGAGACCAUUUCUGAAAGUAUAAACAAUGGUUUGAAUACAGAUACGAGUAACAAUUCCUCUUUGGAAUUAACUAGUAAGGCGGAGUCAUCGUCCAUAAUUAAGACUGACCCAGUUGAGCAACACAGUCAUUCAGAAAAACAAUCGGAGAACAAGGAUGUGCUUGAAUGUGUCUCCGAAGACGUGCCAUCUCCAAAGCUGGAAGCAAAAUGUACUCUGACACCAAAGAUUGCAUAUUCCGAAAAAAUCGUGGCUGCUGUUGUGAAUCCCUAUGUACAGCCAGUCCUCGACAGCACAAAUGAAAGUGACGAGGUAUUUAGUAUCUCUGUAGAGGAUAACAUUCCUAAGUACCUAUAAUUUUAUAACAGCGGAUACGUACUGCAAAUUUGUAUGCGCAUACGCAUUAUGUAUGUACAUAUAAACUUGCAGUAUAAGAAUGCAAACAUGUAUAAUGUAGUUUUUUCAAAGGAUCAUUUUUAUUUACGUUUUCUAAUCACAUUUACAUAUAU